UCUUGAGAAUCUCCCCACAGAGAAAGUCAACACAGUUUGGCCUUUACCGAAGAUGACAAAACCCAUACAUUUGGGCUCUUCAGUAAUCGAAUGAUUUUCAUGAAUGUAAAGGACGUCCACAGACCAACAUUUUACACAUCAACCAAUGUGCUCUUUGGUCCAAUAUUGAUAGGAAGCCACUGAGGAAAAACUGCAGACGAGAUGAACACCUCCAUCCACGUACUUUAACUGACUACUUUGUGGCACUGGACUGGACACAAGACUGGACACAGGACACAAAGCCAAGAGAGCGACAAAGCAAAGAGAAACAUACAAAAGGAGUAACAGAGAUAUUUACAGAAGCUAAUAAAGGAGUACGAAAGAAACAUCUAAAAGAUAACAACAAAGAUGGAGACCCUGGAUCCCUCCGCUCUCGCAGGUACCACCUCCGCUGUGACCUAUGACUCCAAAUCAGAGAUGGUGACCCUACCAGGAGGGGUUGUCUCUGUGGCAGGCAUCACUGUGAUAACCGGGGGCGCUGAACUGUCCUGUGGCUCUUGCAUGCUAGCCUUUGGUGUUUGGGGCACUCUUAUUGGCCUAAGCGUGGUUGCCCUGGGUAUCUGGGACCAAUCAGUUCAGGUAGGGGGUCGGACCUCGCACCUCCUGGGGCUGGGAUUGGUGGUUCUGGCUAUCAGUUUUGGGGUGGUGGGCAGUGUGGUGGGCUUUCGCUUCCUGACGAAGGGGAGGAGAGAGAUAACGAGGGAGGAGAGGGAGGAUGGGAAGGUGGUGCUCAUAGGGGAGAGAGGGAGGAGUGUUAAAAAAACUGUGACUGUGUAAAAAAAAAAUGAGAGAUACGUUUUCAAGUUAUGAUUGUUGCACAUAGUGGUCUGGCUGUGUUGCACAGGGUCACACGUUAGUAUUAGUGGAAGAACAGUUAUGUUUUAUAUGUAUGUUAUGAAUUUGUUUCACACCAUAAAAAUGUAUUUUGGUUGAAUAACUUUAAGAUAAAAUAUUUGACCAUCUCUGGC